GGUUAGUAGUUGGAUUUAAUUAUUGAAAUGACCACCAUUCAAUAAUUCUUAUUGGUCAGUUUUCGACUGUGAUAGGACAAAAGACUUUAUGUUAAGGAAGACGUACCGCUUACAAAUAACUUAAGAGUACAGUUCACGAUUAAUUCAAUUCCUGGUAAGCAAAAUAUGAUACACACGUACUCAGAGAAUUCUAAGACCGGUCAGCCAUCAAUCCACUUCCAACCAUGGUCUUCGUCUCUUCCGGAAAGUAAUAAUCUGCACAAUAACAGCACACCAAAAAUAAUUGAUUCAGAAACAUUUGUGAUGCACCGUGAAAGAUUUCUGAAUGCAUAUGAGGAAUCACAGAAUAAUUUAGAAGCUUAUUUAGCCAAUAAUAUAUGUAUUCGUCCAUUUGAUCUAUGCCCUCAUACACUACCAAUGCAUCUUCCUACUUUGAAUGAUUAUCAUUCAUCAGAACAUAUAGGAUAUCAUGCCAGUCAAAUGGAUACAAAGUUCAUCAACCGCUUCUCCGAUUAUUCGACAGAUAAAACUUCUCAUACAGCUAUUAAUACUGGUAUAAAUAACAAUUUUCUGUGUGAUAGCGUUAAUGAUACUCGACAUUCUCAAACAAAGUCUAACUUCAUGCAGGCAGGACUGAAUUUAAGUAAUCAUUUGAAAAGUACUGAAUAUAGACAAAAGCAGCAAGGUAAGUCAACAGCAGCAGAAAAUGAUCCUAAUCAAAUAAAUAACAUGUUAGGACCUUAUUCACUACAAGACAAUAAUGUUGUUACUGAUGAGGAUAGUAAACGGGAAUCUAAACCGCCAAGUGCUAGCCUUAAUUUGUCUCCAUAUGCAGCGCAUCAUUUUCAUUUGUACAAAGAAAAUCAUAAUUCAUUUGCAAAGUUUACUGAGGUAACUAAGACUACAGCAGAAUCUAAUAUGUCAGCAUGUACACAGUCUCAUAUUUCAAACGAUCAGUUCUCAUCGUAUGCCUUUCAUCAGCAAAAAAGAAACAAUUUUCUAGUCCCCUAUUCAAUAAAUUCACCGAUUGGUGAAAAAUCUCUCGUGUAUAAUAAUAUCAAACAUUCAACCCCAAUGAAUCCUAUGCUUUGUUAUCAGCCGCAACAAUUACAAUCACAUCACAAUAAGAACUUUGAUAUGAUAAAUUCAAACAAAUUCGUAACGAGUACAAAUCAUUCAAGCGUCAACGUUCAAGAUACUUCAGUGAAACCACCUUAUUCAUAUAUUGCGCUUAUUGCAAUGGCUAUAUCAUCACAACAGGAUGGGAAAGCAACACUAAAUGGAAUUUAUCGAUAUAUCAUGGAUAAUUAUCCUUACUAUCGUGAAAAUAAACAAGGUUGGCAGAAUUCUAUACGACAUAAUCUCAGUUUGAAUGAUUGUUUCAUCAAGGUGCCCAGAGAUGAUAAGAAACCGGGGAAAGGCUCAUUUUGGACUUUACAUCCAGAAGCGCAUGGAAUGUUCGAUAAUGGUUCGUAUUUACGACGUAAACGCCGUUUUAAAACUGACCUAACAUCAAAUGAACGUUACUGUAGUAUGAAAAAACGUAGUUUCAUUGAAGAUAGUGUACUAAGAUCAAUUCGGAAAAAUUUGAUCAAAAAGAAUUCAGAUGAUAAAAGAAUAAAUUCCAGUAAUAUAAAUGAGGUAGAGAGAAACAAUGGAGUAGAAGAUGAAAACGGUGACAAUGAUGGGGAAUUGGAUGAUUUUAAUGAGGAUAGUAAUAACAGCAACCUUGGAGAUAAAAGUAAAGACAAUACAAAAUCGUCAACUUUCGAAAUUCCGCUAAUACCAAAAUUAAAUUAUCCACCUAAUUCAAAUACAUAUCAGACAGUGAACAUCUUCGAUGGUGUUACUACUAUUACUAACGCUGCUGCUGCUGCUACCACUACAUCUGUAUGUUUGACAACAACGACUUCAAGUAUCACAUAUCAUCCACUUUUAUGCUUACAACGCCAAGUUGUGGCUCAAUCAGGUUUAGUUAACAAGUCAUUCGAAGUGAAAAAUUCUGAUGAUGACAUUCAAGAUCAACAAAUUCAUGUAAAUUUAAAUACAUCAAUGAAGUUCACGGAUGAAUAUCAUUCUAGUGAUAACUAUUAUUCGUUGAGUAGUACUACUGAUACAUUCAAACCUUACACCAUGCUAAGAAUCUCAGAUGAAUCUCUUCAUAGAAAUGAGGUUGAUAAACGAACUGUGAAAGAUACUGAUGUUCAACAAGAACUUAAUCAAAACUAUGCAAGCAGUUGUCAAGGUUACUUGUUCCUAAACUUACAACAAAACAAAACAGCUACAAAUUGUUACUUGAAUAAUGGAGGGUGGGAAGAUUUAUCAAAGACUAACACAAAUGAAAUUAAUACAAGAACAUCUUGUGAAAUAACUAAUCGAAAUCCAGCUAUUUUGACCAGUGAGGUUGAGUUUCAUAAAAAGUUACCUCUUUCUAAUACAAAUGUACAAUUUUCAUUGUCACCAUUUUAUUCGAAGAGUAAGGAGUACUGUGAACAAACAUUUUGGUCAAAUGGUGAGGAUUUAAAACUCGAUUCAUGGGAUAAUUCAUCGAAGGUUAAUGCUUAUGAACCUAGUAAUUCACUGGUUAACAAUCAUUCUUCGUGCUCACGAUCACCAGUUAAUGAAUCUGGCUGUCAAAGUACGGGUGAAACUGUUCUUAAUCAACCGGAAUGUCCUCAGAAUAUACAGUACAAUGCACAACAAGAGCAGGUAUCACGUGAAUAUAUAUUAGCACCACUUCAAUCCAUGAAAAUGGCAGCAGCCGCUUUUGCAUGGCAAGCAAGUUUAGCUACCCGACAACAGAAUAUUCAUUAUAACAAUGAUCUUGGUGUUAAUUAUGAAACACUAUGGAAUCGUUGCACUCCAAAUAAUGUUGAGUGUUUAACACAAGAGGUGAAUGAGGGAAGAAUUGUUGAUAAUGUUGAAAAACCACGGACUACAUGGUAUUCAAUAUGUAGUGAAUCUAUAGGACAGACUACUCACAGAAAUAUAGAAUCCACAUUUGAAGAUCUGAAGCUACAAGGUAUGCAUGAAUCAUCAUCAUCAUCGUCACGUUCAUCAACUAGUGGAGAUUCAUUAGUUGGAUUAAAUGAAACCGACUUCAAUUUAACCACUUCAAGUCAGUCACCGAACAGAUUAUUAAAAUACGAUCAGCCUUUAGGUUGAAUCAUUGAACUGAGUUAAUAUAUCAAUAUAAUGCUGUUUUCAUAAUCCAUUUUAACACUGAUGAUAAAAUUAACAGUCAAGGCUGAAAAGUCUUAUCACAAUGAGUCAUCAUGAAUUAUGGUUUAAAUCUUAAUGUCGGUUUCCUUCUCACUACCUUAAUGAGUACUUUAUUUCGCAUACUUAGUACAAGAUACAUAUUAUAUAUAUAAUGCUACAUACAUAUAACUGAUUUGGCUAUUAGUAAGGUGUUAACUGCAAAUAACAUAUGGCGCCUACUUCUCUUAUUACACACUGUACAUGUCUGUCACUAUCACAAGUAGUUUUCGAAUAAAACUGAUAUUAUUCCUCAAUG